AAAAACCUGCCGCCAGGCUUCUACAUGCUCGGAGACGCGGCUUACCCCCUAAGCGACCACCUGUUGACUCCGUACCCAGGGAGGGGACUACCGCUGGACAAAGAUGCGUUCAACUUCUAUCUGAGCCAACUCAGAGUCAGGAUCGAGCAAGCGUUCGGCAUUCUCGUCGGCCAGUGGGGCAUCCUGUGGAAGCCGUUGCGUGUUCAGUUCGCUGGGCGCUGCGACCUCAUCACGGCGCUCUUUCGCCUCCACAACUUUCUCCGGGACGAGAAGGUCACACCAAUCCACCGGUCGGAAGAAGACGCCGAGGUGGUCCAGGUACGCCCCCACCUACUCGGCGACAAGACUCUGCCAGGAACUUUCAGCACGACCACCAAGACCACCAAGGACGCGCAGAAACCGACCAGGUCAGGCGAAGUCUCCACGCGCAAGGGGAUCACGAUGAUGCUGGACAACAAGCGCCAGUACCGCCCAAAGCACAACUUGGUGCGCAACGCAGCGAGGAAGACGUAAGGGGUCGAACGCGGGCGGGCUGCGGUGGAGGGUGGGUGGGUCCCGAGGACGUACUACGUGGGUGAUGGACGAGACGAGGCAAAUGUGGCGGUGGUGGCCUCUGAGGAGCGUGGGCCGUGGCCGGGGCGGGGGAUGUGGACAAUGGUGGUCGGGAAUGCAACGCCUUUGGUGGGGU